AUGAGAUUCAGAUUCAAGCUUACCCCCACCAUCCUCAACCUUUCCUUCUCCACCGAUCCCCAGGACGUCGCUGGCUCUGCGCAUUUCAACGUUCUGCAAACUCCUCAACGCAUGGAGCCUCAGUUCAUGUACGACAGCGACGUCUCCUCCUCCUUUUCCUCCUCUACAGUCCCCAACGCUGAGGUCGACUCGGAUUACAACGACAGCACCUACGCUGGCUACGACUUUCCUGCGUCAUCUCUUGAGGUACUCACCGACGACAGUAUCUCCGAGGAAACCACCGGUUAUCCUGACGCGUCCGAGUUCACUACCAGCAACGUAUACCGUGCUAGCUACGAUAGCACUGACGUUGGUCAUUCCGACGAUCUUAAGACGAUCAACUCUGACCAGUCGAUUGCUCAGGGCGGAGAGCAUUCUACCGACGAGAACGGCGACACUGCAGGGUUGAGCCCGCGACGCUCGCUACUGCCACGCCGCACUCCGCCGAUAUUACCGGGUCAGACAGCCGUCCCCCGAGUUCAGCAGCCAGGCCUCAGCCCCGGACAAGUGGCCGGUCGUCUCAUCCUGGAUAUGAUUCAGGCUCCUAAAAGUGGCGCGCCAAAUCUCACCCCCGGACAAGCGGCUGGCCGUCUCAUCUUGGACCUGAUCAAGUCCAAAUCGAGCAUCAAUCGUGGAACUCUACACGUCGUCGAAAAUCGGUUUACCAGCGUAUCUUCAGAUCCUGCUAUCGUGUCUUUUGUUCGCGCCCACGAAACAGAGUCUGAGCAGCCAGCGGGCGGCUCCUCUGCUUUGACGCAAGAGAACUGUUCAUCUUCUGAGAUACUCAGCCAGCAGCACAGAUCCUUUAGUGCACCCACUCGUCCGUCCGCUCCCGUCCGCCGCUUAUAUCGCUUCUCGGGCUUCGCGGGCAACUGGGGCAACUGCACCGAUGCUCUCGGCUUCUUCGCGUGCAAGGCGCCGCACAUCGCUGCUCCCAGCAACGGCGCUCAGACUGACCGCGCCGCAGCAGAGUCGCAGCCGGCUGCGAUGAAAGUCCGUCACCAGCUCAAGUCUUCUAAGAGCGUGAAGAAGAGCUAUGGUGAGAUUGAGAAAGGCAUUGCCGCGACUACGACGGAAGAAGACUCUACGGCGCGGCCAGAUUUUGAUCCUCACUCUGAUCUCCCGAUCGAUCACGUCCACUCGCUCGUCCAGAAGUUCGAAGCACAGCAAGCUACGAUCCCCGAUCCUAAGUUUCUCCACUCCAAGUUCUACCGUUCUCGUACCUCUAGCGGAUCGUUUGGGUCUGAGAUUCUGGGGAACGUGGUGGAAGGCCCUUCUCAACAGGCUAGCGAGCCGAUUGUGUCUGAGAAGGCCGAUGAACCGGAACCUAUUGUCGAUAGACCAUCUGAAACCAUCCAGGAAGAUGACCUUUUUGGCUCUGCGACGGUCUCGACUGGUAUGCAGCUGGUAUUGCGACAUGAGGUCUGCAUGGACAGCGGCAUGGAAACCCUUGAUCCUUGGAGCUACGAACAUUUGCGGUAUCCUCGCCCCCUUGAGUCGACUCAAUCGCAGAUCCAGCCUCGUGUUGUGGUGCCGGACCACAUGGAGAACACUGCGCCUGUAUUCCGUCGAAUGGUGCUUCCUGGUUGGGUAGCGCGUGCUCUCCAGCCUGUGAUCGGGCCAUUCAUCAGCCGCGAGCUAGUCCUAUUGUUUGGAGGUACUCCUGGUCUGCUGUUGCCGCCGUCGGAGUCGUCUGCCAGCCGCGAGCUCAUUCUCUAUCGCCCUGCGUCACGACAGCAGGCUCCGCUCGCGCUUCGUCCGGCACCCUAACCGGUAUCUGCCGGUCAGCUUGUACUAGGGCCAUUGAAGUCGCUCCUCUGUCUUCACCAGAGCUGGUCGGCGCCCGCGGUUUUGUUCUCUACCGAGCAAUCCCAGUGAGACAAGGCUUGCUCGCCCUGCCGGCACCAGUCCGUUUCUCGGUGCGAUCCUGGGUUACUGAAAGAGCAUCCGCUCUUAUUACUCACGCGCGAUAUGCGUGCCGCAAACUUCUCGCCUUUGUAUCUGUUUACUCCUUCGCCUCCCUGGCUUUGUUGGCGCGUUUUGCGCCCACCGUUCUGCGAUACACGGUUCAGACGGUU